UGGACAAUUGUAAAUUUUACAUUAUCAGAAGUUUUAAUUUUUAUUUUAUUUAAGUGAUGGCCUAUGAACGCAGUUCAUUGCGCUAUGCGCAUACAAAUGGAUUCACAAGUCUUACAUUUACGGAGAACGAUGAAUCCAUAAUUACGUGUGGCUCUGACGGCGAUAUACGCGUGUGGCGAGGCAUUGACGACGAUGAUCCCAGUUCCACUUGCCUAGGUGAAUUUGUUAUAUGUAUCGCACAUUGCGGCAAACGCCUACUGGCAUCCACUGACCGAAAUACUGUGCAAGCGUACACAUAUCCAGAGUUGGACAGUGAUGGCACAUUAAUGCGUUUUACUGCGCCAGCCACUUGCCUUCGCGUGCACGAGAAAUACGUUGCCGCUGGUUCAGACGACACAAAUAUAAAGGUGUUGAAAAGUGAUGAUUGCAAAAGUGAAUUUCAUUUACAAGGACAUAGUGGACCUGUCCUCGGUCUAGAUAUUUGUAAUAAAGGUGAAUUGCUAGCUUCCAUAUCUGGUGAUGGCAACUUGAAAAUCUGGAACCUGGGUCAGAGUGGCACAGAAGUGAAAAGUAUUUCGGGGUUACCUAAAGUGAAUAGUUUUGAGAACGCAGUGCAUUUUGGAACACCUUGUUUUGAGCCACAAAGCAGUAAGUCGUUGGCAUAUGUGCUUGGUAAAGAGAUAAUAGUGUUGAACACAGACACCUGGGAAGUGAAAUUUACGCUUUCUGACGAACGAAACAAAGGAGAAUACACAUGUUGCCGCUUCUCAAAAGAUGGUCAAUUUCUCGCCGCAGGAACCACGAAAGGUGAAAUAAGUGUGUUUGAUUUUUUACGAAAGCAGUCUAUUAAAACCGAAGCACCGUCAAGCGAAUGUCAAUCUAUUACCAGUAUAAGCUGGAAUACUGCAGGUACCGAAUUAGCCUAUUGUGAUGUGACUGGUCAGUUAGGAACGCUAUUUCGUACAAAAGGGGGCAACGCUGCAGUAUUCGCUGAUGGCGAAGCGGAGGAAGUUGACUUCGGUGAUAUUGAGUUCAACAAUGAUGAUAAUGAUGAUUUGGUGAGUGCCAAUGGUCUGGAUGUAAAUAAUGAAAAUGGUGACGAUGAUGAUGAUGAUGGUAUCUCAAUUGAACGUCUUAAGAAUCAAGUCAUGCGGAAAGCUGGGGGAUUUGCGGAUGAUCUGGAUGAAAAUACGCACGAUUCCUUGCCUAAAUCAAUACAUAGCGAUAUUGAACCGCAACCACUAGUGAAGUCUUUUAAACAACAACCUGCAUUUCAACCAGGUGCAACACCAACUCAUCUGGAGCAUCGUUAUCUAGUUUGGAAUGAUGUUGGUAUUGUAACAGCACAUACAGAGGGCAAUGACGGUUCUCUUGAUGUAGAAUUUCACGAUGCCAGUGUACAUCACUCCUUGCACAUCCCAAACUAUAGCAACCACAACAUAGCUAGUUUGAGCACGAGCGUAUUGGCAUUGUCUGCGGAAAAUUCAACCAAAUUAGUGUGUAUUGCGCUGGCAGCUUCCGGCAAUAAGGAAUGGUCGGUAACAUUUCCUGAUUGUGAAAGUACCGAAGCUUUAGUGGCAACCAACAAAUUGGUGGGCGUUGUCACUAGCAUGCAAUUUUUGCGUCUGUUCACCGUCAUGGGGACUCAACGUGAAAUAAUAUCUAUUCCAGGACCAGUAUUAGCAUUGGCUGGUCAUGAGGAUCGUAUAAUGGUAGUUUACCACAGUGCUCCACCCGGUACACUUCAGCAGCACUUAUCCGCAAUGCUAAUACAAACAUCUGGCAUGCAGCUACGCACUCAACACAUCCCAGUGCCCUUAACACCCGAACGUCGUCUGACAUGGCUUGGUUUUUCAGAUUGUGGUUCACCUGUAUUUUCUGAUUCCAUGGGUUUAUUGCAAUUGUAUAGCCUGAAGAGUCAAUGUUGGUAUCCAAUCUGUGAUACUUUAAAACAAAGUCAAAGCGUUUCGAACAAUUACUUUAUUAUUGCUGUAUCAGAACGUAGUCAAAUUAUUCAAGCGGUAUUAUGUCGAGGCAGCUCAUAUCCGAUGACUAAUCCGCGACCAAUGACACAGGAGUUGACACUACAGUUACCCAUUUGUGACAUUGAAGUGGAGAAGUCAGAGUUGGAGGAUGCUUUAGUGCGUGCUUCAAUUAUGAAUAUGGACAAUGCUGAUAAGGUAAUUAAGGAAACAGCAAUCAAACUUUUCGCAUUAGCAUGUCGCAGUGAAGUGGAGAUGCGCGCCAAAGAACUCAUUGAAACUAUUGCUUGCCCCGAACUCUUGCUCUUAGCAGUGAAAUAUGCCACAAAGUUGGGACGUAUACAUCUUUCAGAUCGUUUAUCGGAACUGAUGCCCCAACUUGAAGAACAAAAUCAACGUGAACGUCAAGAGUUACACGAAUUUGAGCAAUACAACAAUGUGACGCUAUCGUCAGUUAUGCGUUCGCAAAGCCCCAGCUUUAACAACAGUGUUUCAUUUGGUAACCGAAUAGCACCAAAGGCAAUGGAAUUGACACACGCGCGACGUGCAUCACUUAAACGUUUUGCUAUGUCCAAUUCUCCAAUUUCUUUCGGAAAAAAAUCGGCAAUUUUAAGUGCAACGGAACGCAAUUCGUCGCCAACGUCUACCCCAUCCAACAUAGAAGCAAUUGAAUCACAAGAAAACAUUCCUGAUAAAGAUGGUGAGCAGUUGGACACCGCCAAUAAUGACACAAAGGAUGUUGCGCGUACACCGCUUAAUGCGGUAAAUCCGUUUGCAGCUAAACGCAAACAUUCAGAAAUUGAUUCGUCCAAUAAAGGUGGAGUCUUAAUCAAUGGUGGCAAGCUAAAGAUAGUGAAAAAAUAGUAAGCAUAACUAUUGGGAACAAUAAGUUUGUAUGUUAGUGUAGUUCUGUGUUUUAUGUGUUUAAAUAUAAUGACUUUGUAAUCAUACC